UUGAAUGUUUCCAUUGACAAUACGAUGAUUAUAAUUAACUUUAAUCGUUGUUCAUUGUUAUCAUCAUGAUGAUUAUUAUUUUCAUUUAUAUCCAUUCAUCAUUAAGGAUAAAGAGGAUUAAUUGUAUCUCACAAUGGAAAGUGAUUAAUUUGAUAUUACCCUUACACCCUUUGCCAAUAAGUUCACUUGUUGAUUAAUUUUUGAUCAAUAACACCGGGAAUGUGAAUUAAAUUAAUCGUUAUUAAUAAUGUGACAAACAAAACAAUCAACAACUAAAUCAAUUAUCCAGUUGAUCAACAAAUAUUUUAUUAAAACAAAACCCUAAUCAUCAUUAAUGAUCAUUUAUUAUCUUAUUGUCUUAUUUAAUUAAUUAUUGAAAUUAAUGAUUAACUUAAUCAAUUCACCUACAUAAAUAUAUACAGAUAGUAAUCAUAUUGAUGUAAAUAAUCAACAGUUGAUUGUGAUUAAAAAUUGUGAGUGUGUGAUUUAAGUGACAAGCAAUCAAAAAAAAUGAGCUUUGAUAUGAUGACCACAAUAUUGACCAACAUAACAAUUAACAAGAUCCAAUUAAAUCUGGAAAGUUAAUUAUCUUCACCAUUUAUUGGUCUGUGUAUUUGUCUAUGUGUUUGUGUGUUCCUGUUAAUUGUGAUAAUAAAUUUGAUUAAAUCACAAUUAAAUUUUUCCCCAUGUUUAUGAUUAAAUUAUGUGGAACCAGUUAUUGUUAUUACUAUUCAGCUAUUCAUUGAUUUUAUUUCCAAAUUAUUCAAUUGAUUGUCUACAAUUAAAGACCAUUUCCUCUUCAAUUUCAUCGCCAUUUUUAUCACAAUCACAAUCAGAAUCAUCUUCACCUCACCAUCAUCUGAAUCUGAUUCUGAUUCUGAUUUAAGUGAUAAUUCAAUUAAUCAAAUGGAAACUGAUUUCUAUGAAUCAAAUAAUGAAACAAUUUGUCUCUCGGGUGAAUUCAGAUGUAAUGAUAUUUGUAUUGAAGAAGUGCUUAGAUGUGAUACAAAACCUGAUUGUUCAGAUGGAUUAGAUGAACAGAAUUGUGAAAGUUAUAUUUGCCCUUCCAAUCAUAUGAAAUGUGAAAAUCAUUUUUGUAUUGCUAUUGAUCGGGUUUGUGAUUUCAUUGAUGAUUGUGGUGAUGGUAGUGAUGAACAAAAUUGUACUUUUCGUCGUUGUUGGUACCAAGAGUUCAAAUGUACGAACGGUGAAUGUGUCCAAGGAUAUCGAGUCUGUGACGGUAAAUUAGAUUGUGUUGAUGGUUCAGAUGAAUCUCGUUGUGAUGAACAAGAGCAUUUCAAAGAUUGUGGUGAUGGGAAUCGAGCUCAUGUCUCCGUUUGGUGUGAUGGUUAUGCUAAUUGUCCCAAAAAUCACGCUGAUGAAUUAAAUUGUCGUAAUUGUACCGAUGAUGAAUUUACCUGUUCAAAUAGCCGAUGUAUACCAAGAUCAAGUGUUUGUGAUACGAUUUGUGAUUGUGCUCAAAAUUGUGAAGAUGAAGUUAAUUGUCAAGAGUUUUAUCAUCAAGUUGAUGGUCUUAAGUUCUGUAAUACAAAUGUCACCUUUCCCUGCCCAUGGAAUGGACCUUGUGUCACAAUCGAUGGACUUUGUAACAAAAUCUUCAACUGUCCAUACGAUGACAAUUAUCCAACCCCAUUAGAUGAAUAUGGGUGUGAUAUAAAUGAGGAGAAAUGUUCAACAAAUGAAAAUACUUUCUGGUGUCCAGAGGGAAGAUGCAUCUCCUCAAAUCUCAGGUGUAAUUUUAUCCACGAGUGUUUAAAUGGUGAAGAUGAAUUAAAUUGUCAUCCAACACCUUGUGAUAAUGAGAAACACUUUAAAUGUGCCAAUGGUCAGUGUAUUGACCAGAGUAAACGCUGUGAUUCACAAAUUGAUUGUUACGAUAAAUCAGAUGAACUAAAUUGUGAAAAUUACCCGUGUCCAGAAAAUUGGGCUCGAUGUGCUUCCGGUCAGUGUAUCUUAUCAACCUAUUGGUGUGAUUAUACCGUUGAUUGUUUAGAUGGAUCAGAUGAAACCUUUUGUGAUUAUCGGAUUAAAUCAUCUCCAUGUAAUCCAUUGACCCAUUACACUUGUACCAAUGGUCAGUGUAUCAGUUUAAACAAUCGAUGUCUGGUCACUCCCGAUAAACGGGACUCAUGUUCAGACGGGUCACACCUAAUCGAUUGCGCUGAUUAUUCGUGUCCAUCUAAUUCAAUCAAAUGUUCAAACUCAUUCUGUGUCCAUUCAGCACUUACCUGUGAUCAUAAGAUUGACUGUCUUCGUAGUUGGACCGACGAGGAAAGUUGUUCUUUUACCUGCUCCUUUAAAACUCCCUGUCCAUGUAUCGAUAUUGUCAUGAACUGUACUAAUUAUGGAAUCGAUUAUAUUCCUGAUGAUAUUGAAACCGGAAUCUCUCGAGUAAUAAUGAAAGGCAACAAUUUAGGACCGAAUUUAACACAAUCGACUUUCAACAAACUCGAUAAAAUGGUUCACAUUGAUCUAAGCAACUGUUUAAUCCAACGAAUAGAAUCUGGAACAUUUCAAAAUCUUGGAAUUCUAAAAGUUCUAAUUUUAAGUGAUAAUCAGUUAACUGAAUUAACUAAUGAAAACAUUUUCACUGGAUUAAUUAGCUUAGGAACCAUUAUUUUUAAUGGUAACAGAAUCAAAUCAAUUGCUCCAUUUGCAUUUAAAGGACUUUCAGCAAUUAACGCAUUAGAUUUGGGAAGGCAACAAUUAACAACAAUUAAACGGAAUACAUUUAACGGGAUGAGAUCAUUAGUAACAUUAGAUUUAUCAAACAAUCAACUAAAUUACAUUGAAGAAGGUGCUUUCGUUGGUCUGGUUAGAUUAACAUCAUUGGAUUUGACCGGAAAUAAGUUCAAUGAAAUGGGAACUCAAGUUUUCACCGGAUUACCAAAUCUUAAGAAAUUGACUACCGAUGAAUUCAGAUUCUGUUGUUUGGCUCGUCAUGUGAAAAAUUGUCUACCAGAACCUGAUGAAUUCUCAUCAUGUGAAGAUUUAUUAUCCAAUAUUAUUCUUAGAAUUUGUAUCUGGAUUCUUGGUGUUCUAUCGAUAACCGGAAACUGUAUGGUCAUUUUCUGGCGAACUUCCCAUCGACUAAGAAAUUCGGUAUCUUCUUUCCUUAUCGCUAAUCUGGCCUUAGGCGAUCUGAUGAUGGGUGUUUAUCUUAUCAUCAUUGGAUCAGUUGAUUUUACUUAUAGAGGUCAAUAUUUUAUCCAUGAUGCUUAUUGGCGGUCAAGUAAAAUGUGCCAAUUGGCCGGUUUUAUAUCAACCCUUUCCUCUGAGUUAUCGGUAUUUACUUUAACCGUUAUAACUAUUGAUCGUUUCCUACGAAUAACUUUUCCAUUAAAAUUUCACCGUUUCAAGAUGACCAAUGCUCGACUGGUCAUUCUUGGGACCUGGAUAUUCACUGUGAUACUCGCUGGUGUGCCUUUACUGGACAUUAAAUAUUUUGACAAUUUCUAUGGACGAUCAGGUGUUUGCCUUUCUCUUCAUAUAACAAAUCAACGUCCCAAUGGUUGGGAAUACUCAGUGUUUGUCUUCCUGGUUCUUAAUUUUAUCUCAUUUACAACAAUCGCCAUUGCCUAUGUUUGGAUGUUCAUUGUUGCCAAAAAUACUCGAAGUGCCCUAAGGUCAGCGGACAUACGAUUAAGUUCAACAAUGGCCAAGAGAAUAAUGUUAAUUGUGAUGACCGAUUUCUGGUGUUGGAUGCCGAUCAUUGCUCUUGGCGUAAUCUCACUCAACGGAGUUAAACUUCCCCCUCAGGUCUUUGCUUGGGUCGCUGUGUUUGUCUUACCUUUAAAUGCUGCCAUGAAUCCAAUUUUAUACACGAUAUCGACUUUACCGAUAUUCAAACGAGCUUAUAGUCGAAGUGCUCAAGAAUCAAAAAGUUCAGUUGUUCUGAAAAAUGGUCGAUCCAAAUCAACCAUCCACAGGAAAAGUUAUCACUCUAAACAUCAUUAUUUUUUCAAUGUUGAUAAAAAUUCUGGAAAUCCUGAGGUUAAUUGUAAUUUAAGCAGCAAUGAGAAUGGAAAUCAUUUCAAUUCAAAUCAAAAUAGUUUAAGUGAUAAAAGUAAUCAUCUCCGAAACAGUUCACUUGAUUGUAACAAUAACGCUAAUCAUUUGAAUCGGGAAAUUGUUCUGGUCGGAGGUGAAGGCAGUGUCGGUGGUGUCGGUGGUGGUGGUGGGGUGAGUGUCAAUGUGAGUGUUUCUUUGAAGAGACAACAAUCAUCAAUAUCAUCCUCAUCUUCAUUGGCCCUCACACCGUUAACACCUCGAUUAUCUCGUAAAUCAUCAAGAUCAAUUUAUUUCGAGCCGAACAAUCAACUAUCCUAAUUGUAAUUUUCCAUGAUUGCUAAUAUCCAAUGUUAAUCUAAAUCAAAAUAACCUUUUCAAUGGCUCCAUCCAAUGUUACUAAAUGAACAAUUUAACGAUUAAUUGGACAAUCAAACUGAUUGUUGCUAUAAAUUAUGUGCACUUAUUGUUUUAAAAUUAAAUCAUUUUCAAAGUGUAUUUUCACCAUUAUUAACAAUUUGAUUAAAAACUUAUUUGUAAAUGUUACAA